ACCUGGCCCACAGAGGGCUUGUGCUCGCCCGGACGGUCUUCUGGUGUACGAUGCGCACACGGUCAGCUGUGAACUGGCCGAGAGCGGGCGGCGGACGUGCGGGCGCGGAAGUUCUGAGACCUGCCGGCCAGGCCCGCGCCGCCCAAUCGUCGUCACGCGCUGACCAACAAGGCCUGCCUUUUCCGGCGAUUGCCCCCUUCGUGCACCUUGGCUUUGUUGACGACGGCGAGUUGGGAACAAGAACUUCGCACCGAGUGUGCCUCCGCCAUUGUUCUCUGAUGCAUCCGCCCUCGUCGUGGGUGGCGCGCCGCGGUCUAAUGCUCGUCGGCUGUCUCAUGGGCUCGUCGGAGGCCGCCAACUGGGCUCGGGCUCGCCACCGUUUGCCAAUUUUCGCGCCACUCAUCAACAGCUUCCGCAGUGCAGGACCCCUGACAAUACGGUUAUAUUCCAGAUACAAAUCCGGACAAGAACGGCCCAAAAUCGGGCGCUCGCCCAGAUACAAGUCCGGACGGAAACCGCUCGGAGGGGUCAACAGGCAGAUUCUGGUCCGGACAGGAUUGUUGGGCGGAGGGUGACACCACACAUGUUAACGCGCCAGCCUCAUUAUGCCGCGGUGGUCUAAUGGAAUCGCGCGCCACGAAAUGAAUAUGUGUACGAGUUCGAACGCGGCGAGCGCGGCGCGUUUUGGACUUUUGCGUGGGGAAAUGGUCUUUUACCGCAUUCUCGCUGAGCAAACCUGUUUGGGUGCGCCUGAGCGGCAUCUGCGAGGGCCACGAAGGCCCAAACAGGCGUUAUAUACAAAAUUACGGCGCCAGAGGCGCCCCGGAAAAUUUUGGCGAUUUUUUGAGUUUUUUUUUGGGCCAAAUACGAUUCCGGACGAGAAUGGCGAGGGCCCCCCGUCGAGGGUCC